AUGGGGGCCGCGGGCGGUGCCAGGGCCGUGCAAAGCUCGCCCGGGGAUCGAGCGGUGCCCGCCCGGAGCCGAUUGAGGGGAGCUCCGGGAGCCGGGAACGCCCCAAAGUCCGGGAUCGGGGAUCGGGGGGGAUCCGGGAUCCGGGAGGUGCCGGGGCUGAUCCGGGGCGCGCUCCCGUUCGGGCUGGCGCGCCGGGAGCUGGCGUGCGAGGGGUACCCGCUGGAGCUGCGCUGCCCCGGCAGCGACGUGGUGCUGGUGGCCGAUGCCAACUACGGCCGGACCGACGACAAAAUCUGCGACGCCGACCCCGGGCAGAUGGCGAACGUGCAGUGCUACCUGCCCCAGGCACACCCCAUCAUGGCCCAGAGGUGCAAUAACCGCACUCAGUGCGUGGUGGUCGCCGGCUCCGACGCCUUCCCCGACCCCUGUCCCGGCACCUACAAAUACCUGGAGGUGCAGUACGACUGCGUGCCCUACAAAGUGGAACAAAAAGUUUUCGUGUGCCCGGGGUCGCAGCGCGUGGGGCCGGCGCUGUCCACGCACGAGUCGCCGCACCAGGCGGGCGGCUGGUGCCGGGACCCGCUGCAGUCGGGGGACCGGCUGUACGUGCUGCCCUGGGUGCCGUACCGCACCGACACGCUCACCGAGUACGCCUCCUGGGCCGACCUGGUGGGCGCCCGCCCCGCGGCCACGCACCGGCUCCCGCACCGCGCCGACGGCACCGGCUUCGUGGUCUACGACGGCGCCGUGUUCUACAACAAGGAGCGCACCCGCAGCAUCGUCAAGUACGACCUGCGGACGCGCAUCAAGAGCGGCGAGACCGUGGUGGGCGCCGCCAACUAUCACGACACGUCGCCCUAUCGCUGGGGCGGCAAGACCGACAUCGACCUGGCGGUGGACGAGGAGGGGCUCUGGGUCAUCUACGCCACCGAGGGCAACGGCGGGCGGCUGGUGGUCAGCCAGCUGAACCCCUACACGCUGCGGCUCGAGGGCACCUGGGAGACGGGCUACGCCAAGCGGGCGGCCUCGGACGCCUUCAUGGCCUGCGGGGUGCUCUACGUGGUGCGCAGCGUGUACCUGGACGACGACACCGAGCACCUGGGCAACGCCCUGGUCUACGCCUUCGACACGCGGCGCGGGCGCGGCUCGGCGCUGGCGCUGCCCUUCCCCAACCCGUACCAGUUCGUGGCCUCGGUGGGCUACAACCCCCGCGACAACCAGCUCUACGUGUGGAACAACCACUUCCUGCUGGCGCUACGGGCCUCGACUUCGCCCCCCUGGACGGGGACGGGGCUCCGGGGGGGGGCCGCCGGGGGGGCGGGGGGGCGCCUGUGCGAGGCCAGAGAGGUGCGCAGGGUGCAAUGGCCCGCGGCCCAGCAGGGGGCGCUCGUGGAGAGACCCUGCCCCAAAGGGACCCGAGGCAUCGCCUCCUUCCAGUGCCUGCUGGGGCUGGGGGUGUGGAACCCCCGCGGGCCCGACCUGAGCAACUGCACCAGUCCCUGGGUCAACCAGGUGGCCCAGAAGAUCAAGAGCGGGGAGAACGCGGCGAGCAUCGCGGGGGAGCUGGCGCGGCACACGCGGGGCCCGGUGUUCGCGGGGGACGUGAGCUCGGCCGUGCGGCUGCUGGAGCAGCUCCUGGACAUCCUGGACGCGCAGCUGCAGGCCCUGCGCCCGCUCGAGAGGGAGUGCGGCAAGAACUACAACAAGAUGCACAAGCGGGAGCGAACCUGCAAGGAUUACAUCAAGGCCGUGGUGGAGGCCGUGGACAACCUGCUGCGUCCGGAGGCGCUGGAGUCGUGGCGGGACAUGAACGGCUCGGAGCAGGCGCACACGGCCACCAUGCUGCUGGACGUGCUCGAGGAGGGCGCCUUCCUGCUCGCCGACAACGUCAAGGAGCCCGCGCGCUUCCUGGCCGCCCGACAGAACCUGGUGCUGGAGGUGUCGGUGCUGAACACCGAGGGGCCGCUCCAGGAGCUCGUGUUCCCGCAGGAGCUGGGGGGUGACGGCUCCAUCCAGCUCUCGGCCAGCACCCUCAAACAGAACAGCCGGAACGGGGUGGUGAAGGUCGUCUUCAUCCUGUACAACAACCUGGGGCUGUUCCUGCCCACCGAGAACGCCACCGUCCGCCUGGGGGGGGACGGGGGGCCCCGCGCCCCCCAACUCGUCGUCAACUCCCAGGUCAUCGCCGCCUCCAUCAACAAGGAAUCCAGCAGGGUCUUCCUGCGGGACCCCGUGGUCUUCACCCUGCCCCACCUCGAGACCAAGAACCACUUCGGGGCCAACUGCUCCUUCUGGAAUUACUCGCGAGCGCUCCAUGGCCGGCACUGGUCGAGCCAGGGCUGCCGCCUGCUGCGCUCCAACGGCACCCACAGCUCGUGCGCCUGCAGCCACCUGACCAACUUCGCCCUGCUGAUGGCCCGCACGCAGAGC